AUGCAGAAUGGUCCAGAACAAAACUCUUUAAUCCAAACAAAUAACAAUUACGGAUCCAUCACUCGCCAUAGGGAAAACAGCGUAUCUAGUUUAAGGGGAAUUGUUUAUUGCGUACACGGGAAACCUAGCGCAGGAUGUUGCACCGUGUUAGAAGGAGAGGUGUUGGAACUUGAGGGAGAUUCCGCUAUUAACCCAAAGGCAAAUGCCGAUACAACAGAGCUUAUCAACAAGCACUGUCACCAAAACCAGGCGGCUGGAAUCGACAAGAGGGCCCGAAGGAAACUCAUCAUAGCCAGCGUGCUAUGCGUCGUCUUCAUGAUAGCGGAGAUCAUCGGGGGCUACCUGUCCAACAGCUUGGCCAUAGCUUCGGACGCCGCGCAUCUCUUGACCGAUUUCGCCAGCUUCAUGAUCUCCUUGUUCUCGCUGUACAUGGCCAGCAGGCCGUCGACAAAGAAGAUGUCCUUCGGCUGGUACAGGGCCGAAGUCAUCGGCGCUCUGACCUCCGUGCUGCUCAUUUGGGUGGUCACCGGGAUCCUGGUGUACAUGGCCGUGCAGAGGAUCAUCAACGAAACGUACGAGGUCGAUGCCGAAGUCAUGCUCAUCACCUCGGGGAUAGGAGUCGUUGUUAAUAUAAUAAUGGGGCUUACGCUGCACCAUCACGGCCACACUCACAGUUCUCAGAGCGUGGAGAGUGGCCAAGGCGCAUCGGAAAACAUCAACGUGAGAGCGGCUUUUAUUCACGUUGUAGGGGAUUUCCUGCAAAGUUUCGGUGUAUUUGUUGCAGCUAUCGUGAUAUACUUCAAAAGUAAUUUAAUGAUUGUUGAUCCGAUUUGCACGUUCAUAUUUUCCGGUUUAGUGUUGAUAACAACGUACGCCAUUAUCAAAGACGCUUUGAUGGUAUUAAUGGAAGCGAUGCCCAAAGGUAUUAAUUUCGAAGAAGUUAUGAACAUUUUGUUGAACAUAAACGGUGUUAUGAGAGUCCAUAACUUGAGAAUAUGGGCCUUGAGUUUGGAUAAGAUCGCUAUGUCGGCGCACGUUGCUAUAACUGCUGGAACAGACCCCCAAAGUAUUUUGAUGAUAGCAACCAAGAAUAUACACGAAAAAUACAACUUCUUCGAAAUGACUCUACAAAUUGAAGAUUUCCAGGACGCCAUGGAAGAUUGCACACAAUGCCAAAAUCCCGAUUAA